AUGAAUGACCCCACUAUGUUGCAACAAAUGUCAAGCAACCCUAUGCUUUUAAACCGAGUUAUUGGUGCACAGAGUGGAGGUUUAAGAGCGGCACUUUUAGCGAAAAUGGCAGGCUAUGGUGGAGCUGCAGACGGAACAGCUUAUAACCCUCAAAGUCAAAUGAAUUUGAGUUCACUCAAAAAUCAAAUAACAGAUGUCAAAAAGUCAAACAUAGACAUACAGAAACAAAUAAGUGAAAACGAAAAGAAACUAGAAUAUGACAGACACACAAAGAAACUCAAUGAGUUAAACGUAGAGAAAAAGAAGAAAGAAGAACAACUGAAAGAACUAAGUACAGAGGAAUAUGCGAAAAAAGUGUCAGAAAAAGCAGCAGAAGUAGCAAAAAUGGAACAAGAUGUUAUAAAUUUGAAAAACCAUACUACUCAAUAUAAAGUACUGAAAGAUGAAGAAAUAAAACAAAAAGCCCUGAAGACAUAUAUGGAUAGCGAUGAGUAUAAAAAAGAAGUUGAAGCAAAUGUAAAGGCAGAAAAACUUUUACAGUUGCAAAACCAAACCGUACAGUAUGAAAACUUAGCACAAGAAAGUAAAAAUAACGACGCAGCCAUGCAAAAGGCAAUGAAAAGCGCAGAAUAUAUAAAAGCUAAUAAUGACUGGUUAGAUGCCCAAGCCAACGCUAAAGCAGCCCAACUUAUAGGGUCAAUAAGGACAAAAAUACAAGCGGAUGAAGACAGUUCAAAUGAAGCUUUAAUGAAUGCUGACUUUAAGAACGCCUUCGAAGCUCUUCAUAGUAAGGUGAAACUAGUGAACGACUUCUCAUCUGGAAAGAAACUGAAGUCUGAAGGUUUCGACAACGAGUUAA